AUGGACAACUUAUCCUUUUACACAACAUUAACUCUUUCAGGACUAAAUGAUUCAAGGAUUAAUAAAUAUAUUUACUUUGGCUUCACUUUUUUGGGGUAUAUUUCCAUCAUUUUUGUUAAUUUGACACUGAUUGUGACCAUCCUUCUGGAGAAAUCCCUCCAUGAACCCAUGUAUAUCUUUGUUUGUAACUUGUGUUUUAAUGGACUGUAUGGAACUGCUGGUUUGUAUCCUAAACUCCUGGCUGACUUUCUCUCUGACUCUCAUGUUAUCUCAUACAGUGGAUGCUUGUUUCAAAUCUUUGUGAUCUACUCUUCUGUUCUGUGUGAAUUUACUAAUUUAACAGUGAUGGCUUAUGACAGAUAUGUAGCAAUAUGUAGACCUUUACAGUACAAUUCGAUUAUGACAUCUCUUCUAAUUGGUAAAUUAAUUCUUUUUACAUGGAUUUGUCCUUCUUUUUCUAUGAUUAUCACAAUUAUAUUGACUGUUAGGCUCCCUUUAUGUGGAUUGUAUGUUGAAAAACUAUACUGUGAACACUGGUCAAUUGUGAAACUGUCUUGCAUACCAACCACUUAUAAUCUUGUGUAUGGAUAUAUUAUUAUUGCUUUGUUUUUGAUCCCUGUGUUUUAUGUCUUCUAUUCCUACAUCCGGAUAAUUGCUGUCUGCAGAACAUCUCAAACAGACCAGGUUAAAUUUAUGAACACCUGUUUGCCACACUUAUUAACCUUUACCAACUUCCUCAUAGCCAUGCUCUUUGAUGGACUGUACAGUAGAUACGGUUCAAAAGCCAUGUCCCAGGCUCUUCGCAAUGUAAUGUCACUGGAAUUCCUAAUCAUCCCUCCUCUUUUCAAUCCCAUCAUAUAUGGUUUAAAAUUACACCAGAUCAGGAGAAGACUCUUUAGAAUAUUUCACUGA